CGUUUCCGCUGAGCGGCCCCAGCAGCGCGCGCGUUCGUUACAUCCGAGGCCUAGGAGUAGGCGUUUCCGGUCAUUCAUAUUCCAGUCCUUGGGCCCUCGGUUCUUUUUUGUGCUCUCUGGGAUUGGAAACGUGACGGCUCCGUUAGGAUGAAGCUCGUGAGAUUUUUGAUGAAAUUGAGUCACGAAACUGUAACCAUUGAAUUAAAGAAUGGAACACAGGUCCAUGGAACAAUCACAGGUGUAGAUGUCAGCAUGAAUACUCAUCUUAAAGCUGUGAAAAUGACCCUGAAGAACCGAGAACCUGUACAGCUGGAAACACUGAGUAUUCGAGGAAAUAACAUUCGAUAUUUUAUUCUGCCAGACAGCUUACCUCUGGAUACAUUACUUGUGGAUGUUGAACCAAAGGUGAAAUCUAAGAAAAGAGAAGCUGUUGCAGGAAGAGGUCGAGGCCGAGGAAGAGGAAGAGGACGUGGCCGGGGCAGAGGAAGAGGGGGUCCUAGGCGAUAAUGUCUCUCAAGAUUACUGUUUCAAAGUGAUAUGUGCAGUGAGAUGUUAUUUGUAAAGGUUUUGUUUGUUUAUGUCAGUUUUUAAUAAACAUAAAUGUAGGCCAGCUGUCUAGUGUAGUUUUAAUAGUUCAUAUAUAUUCAUGACAUUAACACAGUAAUAGAUGGAUAUUAUUACAUGGCAGUCCCAGAGUAAAUAUUUUGUUUGCUUUACUUUGACUUCACUCUAUUAAACCUAACAGGUAAAAUGAGUUUUGUUUGUUUGUUAAUUCAGAAGCUGAAGUCCUGUGGAAUGGGGUCUAAACUUGAUUCUCCUUUCCUGAGUUUUACACCAUAGAAACUUGGGUACUUAGUAAAAGGUGAUGGUCAUUUUCAUUGGUUUUGUUGUGAUGAAUUUUUUUGGUUUUUAUAUUUUUUACUAGUUUCUCAAUAAAAUAUACUUUGACAUUC